AUGUUUUGUCGACCAUCAGAUCAUGAUCAUAUGAAAGCUAAACAAAACACAAAUGCUAGUACACCAAAAGAAUGUUGCAAGAUAAGAUUUUGUGGCAACGUUUUGCAAUUAACCAAGUCAAAAGAAACUCCCAAAGUUCUUUGUUUAUGGGAUUGCUAUCAUAUUCCAAGUGUAACAGAGCUUUACGAUGCUGGAGUUAUAUUCAUAAGAAUAGGAUAUGUGCAAGAAAAGAAGGAGGAUAAAACAACAUUAUUCGAUAUCAAGUUUGAGAAGGACAUAGGAAAUGACAAACAAGUGGCUAGCAUCUUCAAGAAACUUUCAGAUGGGGUGGAAAUCACGAGCUUUUAUUACAUAGAAGAAUGCAGCAAAUUGAUUCAACAUUGUGAUAGGCCAUGGAGUCAAAUGAAAGCUAGUUUAAGGCACAACUAUUUCUCGAGUCCUUGGGUAGGAGCUUCAACUGUGGCAGCUGUAACACUUCUUGUACUCACUGUUAUACAAAUUGUUCUGGCUUUUACUGGUGACGUUAUAAAAAGAUCUUUGUUGUAA